AUGACCAACCCUAAAGCCAAACGGCAGCCGAUUCAAACGGCAUCCACCGAUUUCAAGCCUUACGACAAGGCAAACUAUAGAGCCGACCUUGUCGGUUUUAUCACCGCUGUCGAUUCACAGGCCUACAUCCCCACCAAAAUCAAGGUUAACAAUGAGUUGCGUGACUUGGCUCACGAGACUUCGCAGCACGCCGGGUCCACCUACUUCACCGCUCUCAUCGGCCGAGGAGUUUUCGGAACCGGCGCCUUCCCCCUCACCACCAAAACUUCCUCCAUCACCAGGUCAUCGCCCCACAGCCUCAAGAUCAAGAAUACCCGAAACGCCGUCCCCGCCACGGGCAAGAUCUGUCCGAUCAGUCAAGACAACCGCUCAAUCACCGGCAAGAACCGCGGCCGGAUUACCUGUGCCGACCUCCGCCCGAUCGCCUGUCAGAACUGCAGCCCGAUCUGUCAGAACUGCAGCCCGAUCGCCUGUCAGAACUGCAGCUCGAUCUGCCAGAACUGCAGCCCAAUCACCUGUCAGAAUUCCUGUGGCCCGAUCACCGGCCAGAACCCCAUCAAGAUCUUCCAAGCGCAGGGCGGCAUCGGCCUCACCAUCUCCUAA